AUCACCGAAAAAAAAAAAAAUCAUAUUCUAAUUAAGCAAGCCUCUUCUCUCUCUCUCUCUUGCUUCAUUCUCUCUCUCUCUCUGCUCUUGAUCGAUCUUCGAGCGCCAACUUCCUUUGCAGAUAUUGUUAGGGUUGAAAGAAAGAAAGAAAGAUGUCGGGGCAAACACAGCGUUUGAAUGUUGUCCCCACGGUGACGAUGCUGGGAGUGGUGAAGGCUCGUUUGGUUGGAGCCACGCGUGGUCACGCUCUCCUAAAGAAGAAGAGUGAUGCACUUACUGUGCAGUUCAGGCAGAUCCUGAAGAAGAUUGUGUCUACCAAGGAAUCAAUGGGGGACAUCAUGAAGACCUCUUCUUUUGCUCUGACCGAGGCAAAGUACGUUGCUGGGGACAACAUUAAGCAUGUUGUGCUUGAGAAUGUUCGUGAGGCCUCCCUCAAGGUCCGAUCCCGGCAGGAGAAUGUUGCUGGUGUUAAGCUUCCCAAGUUCGAGUAUACCAAUGAUGGCGAGGUUAACAAGAAUGACCUCACUGGAUUGGCCCGGGGUGGCCAGCAGGUGCAGCAGUGCCGAGUUGCUUACAUCAAGGCAAUUGAGGUCCUUGUGGAGCUUGCCUCUCUUCAGACAUCCUUCCUCACACUCGAUGAGGCAAUCAAGACUACAAACCGGAGGGUUAAUGCCCUUGAGAAUGUGGUGAAGCCUAGGUUGGAGAAUACCAUUAGUUACAUUAAGGGAGAGUUGGAUGAGCUAGAAAGAGAGGAUUUCUUUAGGUUGAAGAAGAUCCAAGGAUAUAAAAACAGGGAAAUCGAGAAACAGAUGCAAUCUGCCAAGUUGUUUGCUGAGGAACAGGUUGCUGAGAAGCUUGCGUUGCAAAGAGGUAUUUCGCUGAAUAAUGCUCAAAACAUUUUGUCUGCAACAGCCCAGAAAGACGAGGAUAUCAUCUUCUGAAUGUAGAGCAUUGGUUUUGUUUGGUUUUCAUUGUUCUGAAUAUAAACUUGGCUCUGUUGUCGUGUGCUGCCGCUGCAUCAUCUGGGUGAGAAACUUACUUACAAUUGUUUAGACGAUAGUGUUCUGUACCAUGAAUAAAGGAGCUUGGUAUAUGUUCAAUUAUUUGUUUGUUAUUUAUGAACAUCAUUUAUAUCAUAUUCAGAGGUAACGAGACAAUCAGCACUUCAAAGUAUGGUUCUUCUAGUAUCUUAUGAAUGUUAGGUAUGUUGUGAUUAGCUUUUAUUUCCCAUUCGAAAGUAUGUUACAUGCUAUAAUGGAAUUUAUUUGUUGCAGCUGAAUCAUGAUUUAUGGAACAUGUGGAAGAGCAAAUUUAUAUUUAUUAGGACUUAUAUCUUUUGUGA